AUGUACAGACAGAUUAUUUUCCUCUGCACGGCUAGCAUAGCUUUCUCGUCCUUUACAACGAAAAGCCCUUUGGAGGAAAAUACUCUGUUUCCAAAACAAGGGCUUCCUCCCACGGCUUCGCCUAAGGCCGUCACUACCACUUCGAGUAUGGCGGAGUCAGAGGAUGAUGAUGAAAGUACGUGUACAAGCGACAAAAUAAUCAUAGAACGCUUACUGGACAACUACAAAUCCUUCAAAACUCCUUCGGAAACGGGGGUGAUAGUAUGGAUAGAGGUGUGGGUACAAGAAGUUAACUCAGUGAACGAAAUAACAAGCGAUUUCGAUAUGGAUAUCUACAUUACGGAGCUUUGGCUUGACCAUGCUCUGCGAUACGAUCACAUGAAUCCUUGUAAAUUCAAUUUGUCACUAAACUCUGAGAUAAUGGACGAGAUUUGGAAGCCAAACACUGUAUUCAUCAACAGCAAAGCAGCUCAUAUUCACAAAUCGCCGUUUAAGAAUGUAUUCCUCAUGAUAUAUCCCAAUGGUACGGUUUGGGUAAACUACAGGGUACAGGUGAAAGGACCGUGCACAAUGGAUUUCAGCGCUUUUCCAAUGGAUCGCCAAUCAUGUCACCUUACACUAGAGUCAUUUAGUUAUAACAAUCAAGAGGUUGAUAUGCAAUGGAUAAAUUGGACAGAUGCGCUGACGCUGCUCAAGAAAGAAAUAGUCCUUCCAGACUUUGUGCUCAGCAAUUACUCGACCGCGCUCGAACGUGUGAUUUAUCCAGCUGGAACAUGGAAUGAAUUGACGAUGACAUUUGUGUUUAGUCGGCGUUACGGGUGGUAUAUCUUUCAAGCUUAUAUUCCGACAUACCUCACUAUUUUCAUUAGCUGGAUAAGCUUUUGCCUUGGUCCCAAAAUGAUCCCCGCAAGGACAAUGCUCGGAGUGAACUCGUUGUUGGCGUUAACGUUCCAGUUUGGAAACAUCAUGAGAAAUCUGCCACGAGUCAGUUAUGUCAAAGCACUAGAUGUAUGGAUGCUGGUCUGCUUGACAUUUGUGUUCUCAUCACUUUUGGAACUGGCAAUGAUAGGAGCAAUCGGCGCUAAAAUGGAACAGACAAAAGCGCCAUGUCCUACAACGCAACGGUCCCGUUCCUCUUCCUGUACAUCACCGCGUAUAUGUCGCAAUCACGUACAGUCAGAUUCACCUCAUGGGUUCCGCAGUUAUGGGACUACAGACCCGCGGAUGAGGAGAAGACAUUUGCUAACUACACCUGGGACAAUUUCAAGAACAUCCAGGGAUGCGACACAGACACCCGAAAAAAUGCUUUUGUUGGAUGGUUGCGAGGAUAAACCAUUUGUCCAGCCGACAAAAAGAGGAUGGACUACGGAUCGGAUCGAUCGCACGAGCAUGAUCAUUUUUCCCGGGCUAUUUACACUUUUCAACAUUAUUUACUGGUCUUACUACCUCAGCCUAGACUAAAAGACGGAAGCAACUUGAUGCGAUAUGAAAAUGAACUGCCAAUUGGAGAAAAGUUUCAUCAAACUCAGUGUUUCUCAUGUUUUUCAGUAUUCACAUGUAAAUUAAUGAUUUGUUGUGACUUCUAAGUGCCUCGUCUUUCGUGAACAUGGCAAUUUGCUGCUCAG